AUGCCUAAUUGUUUCAAUAACCUUAAACUCUUCUACCUUUCGGAGUUUUAUAGAAUUUUCAAUAAAAUAAGGAGAAAUAAAUCUAACAGCAUAUUCCUGUUCAUAAUUUAACAUUGUUAGUUCUUUUAUAUACUUCAUUAUUCAUUUAAUAGUUUACUGAAGGAAAAAUCAAGGCUUUUACUAUUAAUAAAUUAUCUUUGCAAGAAUAUUAUGUAUUUAUUAAAAUCAUUAUAGGCUGGAUUUUUAUAUUGAAAAUUUUGAUUAUUGCAUUGAAAUAUUUUUGAUAGCUAUAUUAAUCAUGUAGGGGUUACUGAUUUUAAGUUUUCUCUUCUUGUUUUAACAAUAAAAAGCUAAUGUCAUUAGUAAUAAAAAUGAAUUAUAAAAUUAUUUGAUACUGCUCAAAUAAUUGGAAUAAGAAGUAAUUUAAUAUGGAAAAUUUAGAAAACCAAAUAUAUAUCUAUACUGAACAUUAGUAAUUAAUAUUUAGAAUACUACAUAUCUUUUUGUUUGAAGAUAUCUAUUCUUAUUUUUAACUCCCCAGUUAUAUUCUUAGUAAUCAAAAAGUUCAAAUUGGAGUUUAAUUAAGGUAUAAUUUUUUAUAUAUAAUAAAUUUAGAAUAAAGUCCAUUUAGCAUAGUGAUGCUAAUAAUUUCUCUUUUAGUAUUAAUUUUCAAUUUUAUAAUUGUAUAUAUUUACGAAGAACAUAACAAUUAAUUUUCUUUUAAGUAAAAAGAUUAUCUUACUUAUUGUUCAUCAAUUUAAACAAAGAUUUAAACUUAUUUGUUGUAAUUCUUAUUAAUUUUGGUAUCAUUAAUGCAUAACCUUAAAAUAAGUUUGUUAAUACCAAUAUUUAUUAAUAUUAUACUAUUAGUACCAAUUUUAUAUCUUUCAUUUAAAUACCCAAAAUAUGAUGAUCAUAAUUUGAACUAUAUUCAUAUAUAAACAUUUUCAAUAUUUCUUCUAGACAACAUUUGUUCAUUAAUAUUUAGUUAUAUUUUGAAUUUAGAAUUUUCAGAAAUAUUACUCAUGAUCACUCCUUUUGCUAUUUACGUUUUACAUAUAAAAAUUAAAAAAUAAUCAAUUAAUUAUAACCAUAAUUUCAAUUAAUAUAUUCGAUCCUUAUAUUAUGAAUGUCAUUCAGCUAUUGGAAAAAAUGGAAUGCUCAUAGAUGAAAUUAAAUAUAGAUUACCAAAAGAUUUAACAUUAUAUGUUUUUUCAACAAAUCAUUUUAUAAAUUGUUAGAAUAUAACUUAAUGUUUUUGUAAUAAAUUUAGACAUGAAUAAGAAACUUUCAUUUCAAGAUUAAAUUUUAAAAAUUACCUUAAACAUUUAAUACGUUUUACUUAUGAAUAGAAUCUAAAUGAUAAAAAAUUAUCCUAAAAUCAUGAUUACACAACUAAUUUUUAUUAUAUUUUAUAUAUUUCUUAAAUUUGUAAAUAGCCAGCAAAAGCUUUUUAUGAAUUGACUAAGUUAAAAAUAUAAAGUUAAAAAUAGAUGGAUUAUUUAAAUGAAAUGUACUUGAACUCUAUUGAAUAUUUUGUAAAAUAAGACUUUAAUAAAAUGAUUGAAUUGAAAAAUAUAACAAACCAAAAAUAUCUAUGUUUUAAAGUGUUUUACUAUGAUAUGGCAAUUUAAAAAUGGAAAUAGGAAUUUUUAUCUUCUUUAAAGUAAUUGAAAAAUUGGUACAGAUUGUUAUCUGAUAGAAAUUUAAUUUAACUAUUAAAAGAUGGAAAAAAAUUGUAAAUUUUGAAUGCAAAUCUUGAAAAAAGCUUAAAAUAAUUAUUUAAAUGUAACCCAGUUUCACCCGAAUGUUCACUUUUAAUAACAUUAUUUUAUAAAUAUAUCUAUUUUAAUCAUAAGAAAAUUGAAAUUCCAUAAUUAGAUUCUACAAUAGUAUAUAAAUUUUAAACAUCAAUUAAUGGAAUUCUUUUUUUAAAGGAUGCUUGUCUAGUUUAUUUGACUUUAGUUGAUACAAAAGGUUUAAUUAAAAAUUACACUCAAACUUUUAAGCAAGCAGUUUGUGCAGAUGAUAAAUAGAUUUUAAAUAAUUCAAUCAAUAAUUUUAUUCCAAAAAUAAUUGCUAAAGUUCAUGAUCAAUUUUUAGAUAAUUUUGUAGAACAAGGUAGAAUAAAUAUAAUGAAAUCUGAUUAGAGAUUUCUAUUGGUUAAAAAUAUGAAAGGAUUUAUAUUUCCUAUUAUUGCUAAAGUUAGAUUAGAAACUAAUUUAUUUAAUGAUUUUGGUUCUUCUGCUUUGAUUCUUCCAUCAGAUAAUAAUUAUCAUUACAUUUUAUUAAAUUAUAAUGGAUUAAUAGAAGAAAUUAGUUAAAAAUUAUUUUUGUAAGUUUUAAAGCCAAUUUUACAGAUUGAACUUGAUAGAAUAUAAAAUAUAGAUUGUUUAAAAUUGAUACCAAAAUUAAUCAAAUCUUGGAACAAUAUUAAUUCUAAAUAAAUUUUAGAUGCUGAACUGAAAGAAGUAAUAUCAUCUUAUUUAAUAAUUCCAAAAAAGUAAAAAAAACAACAAAUAUUAACUUCAACUAUAAUUAAAUAAAAUCAAACCUGGAAUGAAUUUUAAAAAGAAUAGGAUUAAAUUAAUGAAAAAUAUUUUUCUAAUAUUAAAGAAAUGUUUAUGUUUAAAAUCAACUUUAAAAUUAUAGAAUUUUAUACUUUUUAAGGAACGUAAGUUUUCAUGUCUAUAUUUUUAGAAUUUAUUGUGUGGAAAUAUAAAAUAUUAAGACUGUUAAAUAAUCUUAAAGAAUUGAAAUCUAUAGUAAACUUAUUGAAUCAUCUUUUAAUUCAAAUAUUACUUUGAAAAAAAUAAAAACAACAUAAGAGAAAAAUGAAAAGAUUAAAAUUCAAUAAAUCAUAAAAGAUAAGACAUAAUAAAAAGACACAUUUUGUUUUAUUAAAUAUUAAAAUGAUCCUUCAACAUUAUGUAAUUUAGAGGCUGCAAAUAUAAUUGAAGAUGAUAUUAUGGUUAGAUAAAAAGAAAUAUAAAUUAAACAUAUUAAUCCACUUUAUCAAUUUGAAGUAGAUAUAUAUUAAAUUAAAGAUAGAUGAAAUUUCAAAUUUAAUAAGCUAGACAAAUAGUCAGGAAAAGAGAUUAUAAGAUCAAUAAACAUUGAAAAUGAAAUCUUCAAUCAAUCAUAAUUUGUGUACAUUUAAUAAUUUCAAUAGUAAUCAUUCAAAUCCAUUCAGUUAAUUAUUUUAAUAAGAUAAAUUUAUAGUUCAUUCAAGUGCAGUAUUAGAAGGAUUGAAUGAAAAUAUAGAAUCAAUAAAAUCUUUAAAUUCUAUAGAUGCUCCACUUUCCUAAAAUAACGGCUUUUUAGAAUUAGAAUAACUUAAAUCUGUUUCAUCAUCUUAAGUCAGCUAAUAUAAAUUAAAGAAGAAUUAUAUUAAAAAUAAUCUAUUUGAUUAAAAUUCUAAAUAGCAUAAAUUAAUAAGACUUAUCAAUAUCUUAAUAUUUAUAAUCUUAAUUUUAUGUAGCAUUUGGUAUUUUUAUCAUUUAAAUUACUAAAAUUCAUUUAUAAGUUCUUCACUUAAGAAAUAUUAAAUUUCAAACAGUUUUAACAUUAGAAUCAAUUAAUUCAUAAUUAGUUAUGAUAUUUAAAAUACUAAAUUAUUUAAUUAUAGUUAAUAUGGUAAAUAUUGUGCAAGUUCAUUUUAAAAGGAUAUCUCAUAAAUUUAUUACAAUUCACGAAAACUUUUUGAUAUAACUGGUAAAAUUUACUUUAUGAUUUAGUUCCAUUUUUAUCAAUUAAUAAUGCCUCAAACAUUACUAAUCAAACUUUUUAUUAAUCCUUAGGGUAUUUUUCAUAAUACAUGUUAUCUUUAAGUAAUGAAUAAAAGGAAGAAUAUUAUUUAGAGAUUAUAGCUCGAAACUUUUUUUUAUUCUCAAAAGAGAUAAAAAUAUAUAAUUAAACAGGUGUAUAAAUAGCCAUGAAUGAAUUUUAUAGUUCCCAAUCAUUUAUGAGAUCUGUAUUUUAUACAACACUUGGGUGUGUUUUUUUAGCUACUAUGUUUUACUUAAUUAUUUUGAUCAUAAUUAAUAGAGCAAAAUAUAAAAUAGUACAAUUAUUUAGAACUUUUGCAAAAAAUUAAACACUUGUUCUUAUGAGAUCAAUAGAGAUUAUUUUACACUUUUUAGAUUAUAUAGAUUUUGCUAAUCAUUAAACUACAGAUUAAUUAUUAGAAUAAGUUAAAAACAAAAUUUCUUCAAGUCCUGGAAUGAUGAAAAUAUAAUAAUGUAAUACUGGUUAGAAAAUUUAGUAAGAAUAAAAUUUUAAUUAAUGUAUUUAUUUUACUCUAAAUAUUUUAGCUUUUUUUAUUUAUUUAGUUUAUACUCUGACUUUAAUUUUAAUAUACUUUAUAAUAGCAUCACAAUAUAUUGGAUCAUUUGCAUAUUAAUCGGAAUUUUAAAAUACGAUACUAGAUUUUUUUGAAUAAUUAGUAAUAUAUAAAUCAUCUCAAAUCUAUGUUUUGGAAUUUUAAAGCUUCUAGAAAUUACUGAUAAAAUAUGAAUAGCUUAAAUAAAAUGAGAUUUUAUUUUUAAACAAAAGUAUAAAAUUAUUUUAAUUAGGGGAUGAAGCUUUAAUUUAUAUGGAGCAAUAAUUAUAGAUAUUUCAAGGAUUUAUUCAAAGGAUGAAUAAUGAAAAAAGUUACUAAAACUCUUAUUUUAGAGAUACAUUAAUAAAUCAAUCAUGCGAGGCCUUUUCUAUAAAUUAAACAUCAAAAAACAAUGAUGCUUAAUAUUAUAACUAAUUAAAUUGUAGAGAAUUGAAAAACUUAGGAUCUGGUAUUAUUGUUUUAUUAGUAAAUCUUUGUUAAAACUUUAAACAAUUCUUUAUUCUGUAUAAUUAAAACUUAUAAUAAUUUAAUGAAUAAUUAAAUUCAUAUAAUCAAACUUAUUUGGAAGAUUAAAUUUAAAAUCUAUUGUAUACAUCCUAAAUCUUAAGUCUUUUACAUGAAUCUAUUGCAUAUCAAGCAGACAAAUAUCUAACAAUUAAUAGAAUAAUUCAUCUUGUGCUUUUUAUUUUUGGAUUAGCAUUUUACUUACUCUCAAUAUUUAUAAGCAAUAGAAUGUUAAAAAAGUAUUUAUAUAAUGAAUUGAUAAAAACUAAAUAACUUUUCUUAUUGAUUCCAUUGGAUAUAUUAUGUGAAAAUGCAUAUAUUCUUUAAUUAUUAGCAGAGAGAAUGGAAGACAGUAAUAAUUGA